AUGGCCGACGCCGUCGACCACGCGCGCGCGCUCACGUCGCACCUGCGCACGAGCCUCUCGCUCCUCAAGCGCGACGUCGCCACGUCCCUCUCGCUCUGCGGCCGCGACUUUGGCCGCCUCGGCGCAGAGCUCGUGGCCGCGCUCGACCGCACGCACGCGCGCGAACGCGCAACGACCGACGCGCUCGCGCACGAGCGGUCGGCGCGCGGCCUCCUCGAGACGCAACUGCACGAGCGGCAGCGGACCGUCCGCGUCCUGUGCCGCGUGCGGCCGCCCGACCCGAGCGCUCGGGUCGACCGGCAGCCGACGUGCGUCCACGUCGCGUCGGCCCACGAGCUGAGCGUCGGCGACGGCGCGACGGCGUCCAAGAGCUUUUUCUUCUCGCGCGUGUUCCACGCCCAGCAGUCGCAGGCGGCGGUGUUUCAGGAGGUGGCGCCGCUCGUGCAGUCGGCGCUCGCGGGGCAUUACGCGUGCGUGUUGGCGUACGGGCAGACGGGCGCGGGCAAGACGCACACGAUGGAGGGCCGGGCCGCGGACGGCGGACUGUACGACCGCGCGUCGGCGCUCAUUUGGGCGACGCGGCAGCAGCAGAAGCACGUCUACGCCUUUGACGUGCGGCUGCAGCGGGUGGAAGUGUACAAUGAAGAGAUUUACGACCUGCUCGUGCGGUCGGACGCGGACGGCCGUGAUGGUCGUGCAAUUUGUACGACGAGUGAGGCGACGGCUGCUACUUGUACGACGAGUAGUAGUGGUAGCGCUGCGACGACUUGUACGACGGGUGGGGGCGACCGACUGUCGCCUGGUGGCGCUCCUGCGGUGUCGUCGGCAGUGGAGAUUCGACACGGCGGGAAUGGCGUCUACUUGAAGAAUGUCGAGACGAUUGCCGUGUCGAGUGGCGAGGAGUUUCGGGACGUGAUUGCUCGGAGCACGAGCAGUCGCACUGCAGCGUUGAACGACCGCAGCCAUCGGUCGCACACUGUGUUGACGAUUGAGAUCCGGCGGACGAGCAAAGCCAGUGGCGAGACGGACGUCGGCCGACUGGUGCUGGUGGAUCUGGCGGGCUCGGAGAGGCUGUUGAAGACAGCAGCGAUGUGUGCGCUGACUGUGCGGGAAGCGCAGCACAUCAACAAGUCGCUGUCGGCCGUCGGUGACGUGUUGUCAGCGUUACUGGCAAAGGAGAAGCACGUGCCGUUUCGCAACUCGAAGCUCACGCAUUUGCUGCAGGAUUCGCUGAGCGGUAGUGCCAACCGCACGCUUUUGCUCGUGCACGUGCGUCCGCAGAGCGAAGACGUGAACGAGACGAUCAACUCGCUCAAGUUUGCAUCGCGCGUGAGUCACAUUCAGAUGGGAAAGUCGCAACGCACGGAGCGUGCUGAGAUUGCUCGGCUGAAUGGCGUGGUUGCCAAUCAAGUGUCCCAGAUUCAGACCCUUCAAGAAAAACUCAAUGCCGAGCUGGAGCUGCGAAAGAAGUACGAAAAGCGACUGGCAGAGUACCGCCAUGAGGAACAUCGCCGCAGAUCGAAGGGUGAUGAGGCGAGGAGGAUUUUACAGCAGAUGAGGACGCCGUCCCCACCCGAGCUACCACCCCCCGUGUCUGCGCGAAGGUGGAGUUUAUACACUCGAAAAGUGAAUGCGCAGGGACUCAAUGGAAUUGAGAACAUAGCGGAAAACAUUUUGCGUGGCAAUGAGUCCUCGCCGGAAAAUGCAGAGAUGAGGGCGACAGGCAGCGGCAAGCCGAGUGGCAUCUCUCCUCCGACGAAUUUUUCGCGGCGGCUGAGUUUAUCAGCCCUGGACCAAGCAGUGAAGGCUCCUGCAAGAAGUGUGAAAAGAAAGAGGCCGUCAACGUCCGAGAAUGUCCGCAGUAUCUUGAAGAAGCAGUGUGGGAACAACGACAACGUCGAUAGCCCCACGACGGAGUACACGAGCGGUGACGGUAGCACCAUGACGUCAAAGCAAGUAUCAUUUGAUUUGUCCGGAGUAGUCAUCGGAUCGUCGUCUUCUGCGUUGCCUUCCCGUGAACUCACCACGUCAAACACGCGUCGGGGAUCUAUCGGAGGAGCCGUGCGUGUGCUUGCUGCGAACCCAUCCGUGACGGCAACAGUAGUAACCCCAAAGGUGGCAUCAACCCCUGCGAAGCGCGUCAAGGCAAAAUCGAUCGGGUGGCGGUAA